UGACAUUUUUCUUUUUUCUUUUUUUUUUCCGCCUCCGAAAAAAAUUGGUAUUCCUUUGUUCUCUCUCUCUUUUUAUCUGUCGCCUCCGUACGGGUUAUUUACGCUCGCUAGCAACUUCCCUUCACCUGAAUGGUAUUGGUUAUGCUUGACAUACUUUUGAUUUGCGAGCAAUUUCUCUUGUCAACCUCCGUACGGGGAGUCGACAAGUUAACAUUUUUAGGUGAUGACUGGUUUUGUGCUCGAGCUGUUUAAUUUUUUUUUAUUUCUUUCUGCUUCGAACAGAAAUUGCUGCCAGGGAGACGCUGGAGAAAGUCAUGGCUCAGACCCUUCUAAUGGCCCGUGCUAACCGUUCUGCUGUUCGAGCGGUUUGCUUAGCUGUUUCUGGAGUCAAUCAUCCUAACGAUCAGCAGAGAAUCCUCACCUGGCUUGGAGACAUAUUCCCGAGCCAUGUGAAGCUGUUUGUGGAAAACGAUGCUGUUGCAGCAUUGGCAUGUGGAACCAUGGGAAAGCUCCAUGGAUGUGUACUGAUUGCUGGUACGGGUACAAUUGCUUAUGGAUUCACUGAAGAUGGAAGGGAAACUCGAGCUGCUGGUGCUGGACCUGUACUGGGUGAUUGGGGCAGUGGAUACGGGAUUGCUGCAAGGGCUCUGACAGCAGUUAUACGGGCACAUGAUGGGCGUGGUCCUCCAACGUUGCUUACCUUCAACAUUCUCAACAAACUUGGUCUUUCUUCGCCAGAUGAACUAAUUGGGUGGACAUAUGCAGAUUCCUCUUGGGCUCGCAUUGCAAAACUUGUUCCAAUGGUGAUAAUAUCUGCUGAAGCCGGUGACGAAGUUGCAAACAAAAUUCUAUACGAUUCGGUCUUAGAACUUGCUGAUAGCGUCAAAGCUGUUGUUCAAGGGCUCAGAUUAUGUGGUGAAGAUGGAAACGAUCAGUUUCCUUUAGUUAUGGUUGGAGGUGUUCUUGAAGCUAAUAAGAGAUGGGAUAUCGGAAAGGAAGUCAUAAAUUGUGUGUCCGAAGUUUACCCAGGGACGCGUCCAGUUCGACCCAAGGUUGAGCCGGCAGUUGGGGCAGCAUUACUAGCUUGGAAUUUUCUGAUGAGUGAAUUACAAAGCGACCUCGAAACAUAGCCUUUUGAGGCUGUGGAUCUGCAAAGAGAUGCAUUUUGGUGUACAGUGAUUGAAGUUGAGAUCUUCUGGCAGUUCCAGCUUGUGGAUGCAUUGUUUUGAACUUUGAAGAGAGAUUUGAAGCUGAAGCCACUUUCGGAAUGUUUCUGAGUACAGAGAACUAUUUAUAUUAACUUUCCUCACGAGUUUGUGUCUGCAAUGUAAAAUAUGAGAGUGUGGAAUAUAAAGCACAUCUGUUUGACUUGAAAUGCCAAUGUUAAUGCAUUAUGUUUUUAUUUUCCCCCCUGACAAUGUAGUUAAUCAAAAAAAAAAAAC